GGCAGUUGCAUCCACCUGGCACAGAGUACUUGUCCAGAGGAGCUGAACCAGGCCAUCGUGCCUUGAAGAAGUUCAUAGGAAAGAGGGAGAAUUCACCUGCCUUGGAACCUACUCCUCCUGUUGCCCACAGAAGUGGCUAGAAGGGCAAGAAGUUUCAGCUGUGUGUUUGGUUGGCCUAACUGCAUGCAGUGGACAGUGGGCAAUGAAGCUCUCCCGGGUCUGGACGACUGGUGGACAGAAGGAAUCUGAAGAAGCCCAAAGGAGUUUGUCCAGUCACAGUGCCUUCUUAAGUUUUUACCUGUCAUGAGUUUUAAGUUCAACAUAUUCAAAAGUUGUGUGACAUCAGUAAAAAGGUUCCGUCUUGGCAGUUGCCAGGACAGCGUGGCCAGAGAAGCAAUGGCAGGAGCCACACCACGUCCCAGCGGUGGCGGCUGCGAGCUGAGCCCGAGGGACGCAUCACAGGCUGACCAACGGACUGAAGAGCAGACUGCAGCAGUCAAAGACGCUUUUUCACCAUUUGACAAGGAUGGUGAUGGAACUAUAACAACAAAGGAAUUGGGAACUGUAAUGAGGUCUCUUGGGCAGAAUCCCACAGAAGCCGAGUUACAGGACAUGAUUAAUGAAGUAGAUGCUGAAGGUAAUGGCACAGUUAACUUCCCAGAAUUGCUGACAAUGAUGGCAAGAAAAAUUAAAGAUACAGACAGUGAAGAAGAAAUUAGAGAUGCACUCUGUGUGUUUGAUAAGGAUGGCAAUGGCUGUAUUAGGGCAGCAGGGCUUCGCCAUGUGAUGACAGACCUGGGAGAGAAGUUAACAGAUGAGGAGGUUGAUGAAAUGACCAGGGAAGCAGAUAUUGAUGGUGAUAGUCAAGUAAACUAUGAAGAGUUUGUACAAAUGAUGAAAGCAAAGUGAAGACACUGUACAGAAUGUGUUCAAUUUCUUGUACAAAAUUGUUUAUUCACCUUUUCUUUGUUUGUAACUUAUAUGUAAAAAGGUUUCCCCCGGCUGUCAAAAAUUAUGCAUGUGUAGUAAUUAGGACUUCAUUCCUCCAUGUUUUCUUCCCUUAUCUUACUGUCAUUGUCCUGAAACCUUAUUUUAGAAAACUGAUCAAGUAACAUGUUGCAUGUGGCUUACUCUGGACGUAUCUAAGCCCUUCCGCACAUCUGAACUUAGAUGGAGUUGGUCAAAUGAGGAAACAUCUGGGUUAUGCCUUUUUAAGUAGUUUUCUUUAGGAACUGUCAGCAUGUUGUUGAAGUGUGGCAUUCUAACUCUGUGUGGACUAUGGACAGUCAACAAUAUGCACUUAAAAGUUGCACUAUUGCAAAAUGGGUAUAUUAUCCAGGUACUCGUACACUAUUUUUUUGUACUGCUGGUCCAGUACCAGAAACAUUUUCUUUUAUUGUUCCUGGCUUUUAAACUUUAUUUAGCCACUUAUAGAAAAUCUGCUUAUGGCACAAUUUGCCUCAAAUCCAUUCCAAGUUGUGUAUUUGUUUUCCAAUAAAAAAAUUACAAUUUACUGCUCCCCCAGAAAAGUUUCCAUCUUCUAAAUCACGGCUUGUCCUAAUAGCUGUAUCUGUUAGAAUCUUUUAAUGCCCCAAAGUUGUUAAUCUGAGGAAGUAGUUUAGUAAAUCCUUUUCCUCUACUUCAAUUUCUUCGAAGUACCACAUGAAAUGGAGAUGAUAAAGGGCUCAUGAAUGAAAGAAUAAAAAAGUUAGCCUUGUGCCCUUCACCCUUGAUUCAUGUUUUACAAAGUUCACGGUACAAGUUCCACUGAUGCAUGCAAUCACUUAGUUCUUGUAUGCAAGGUGAUAAAGAACUUACGGGUGACCAAAAUGGCACUGCCUGUGAAUCUGUACUUGUUUCAAAAUUAAAGUUACGAAAACGGCCACCUUUUUCCCAGGAAGACAGUAUGGAUGCCACUCCAAGAGAAAUGAGGACUACUGCAGUACGAGGACCAUGAAUACUAGCGGAAA